UUUGUUUUCUCUUUUUAUAGUAUAUAGGACUUUCUAGUGCUGAGAUUUUUUUAAGAAAUGUCUUUUCAUUUGAAUGAAAAUCCAUAUAUUUCUACUUUAUCAUCAUCAAUAUUAAUUCUUUUCCUUUCAUUUGGAGGGAUCUUAGGCGUUUUUGUUAUUGUUUUUAUUAUAUAUCACAUAAAUGGUCAUUGUCAUAAUUCUAUUUUUUUAGGUCAUGGAAAUUCUGAGCAACAUGAAGAUUUAAUACAUGAAGAAGCAGUAUUAAUGCAAACAGCCAAUGAAGAAGAGAUAGAAUCUUAUUUUCGAGCAAAAGCAUUUCAAGAGGCAAAUCCUCCUGGUAGCAUGUUAACUGAUAUUAGUCUUUCUCAAUUUAUGUCUAUUCAGGAAAAGGGUGUCUCUGCAUGGGAAUUUGAAGCUUUUUUUGAGAAUAUGAAUUGUUUUGUAGAAUCUAGGACCGAAAUAACAUUUUAUGAUAGUGAAUGCAGUGUUCAGACAAAUUUGCCUAUUCCAAAAACUAAUGAAAUAUAUUAUUGGGAAGCUAAGUUAUAUGAUUUUUCUGAUAAUACUAUUGUUUCUAUUGGAUUGACAACAAAACCUUAUCCUUUAUAUCGAUUGCCUGGAUGGAAUAAAUAUUCCAUUGCUUAUGUUUCUGAUGGUUCGAAAAGGCAUAAUCAGCCGUUUUCAGGUAAGCCUUAUGGGCCUGUGCUUAAACAAGGAGAUGUUAUUGGUGUUGGAUAUAAGCCCCGAACUGGUACUGUUUUUUUUACGAGGAAUGGAAAAAGAUUAGAAGAUGCUGCUCAAUUAUUAAAGACCAAUUUGUUUCCCACUAUUGGUGCAAGUGGUCCAUGUCAGAUUCAUGUGAAUUUCGGUCAGUAUGGAUUUGUUUUUAUUGAAGCGAAUGUGAAAAAAUGGGGAUUAGCACCAAUGGUGGGAACGUUGGCGCCACCUCCAGCUUAUCAAUCUGCUCUUCUUACGCCUCCUGCGUAUCAAGAUUCUUUAUCACGGUAUUAUCAAGGACAACAUGAUUUUUCAAAUAGAAAUAUUAUUGUUACUGAUCCUUCAGGAGUACCAAGAGAUAAUGAAAAUAUAAUUAGUAUACUCGAAUAA